AUGGGCAAGACGGUGGACACAGUGUCACAAUCCAAGCCCUGCCGCUUUUGCCCUGCGUGCACCCUCUUGCCCCCACAGAGCCAGGAGGGGCUGUGGGGCGGCGAGGGCUGGGUGGCCGGCUACCGCUACGCCCGCGACGAGAAGCUCUCAAGGCGGGUGAAAAAGGUCUGGAAGCCGCAGAUUUUCCAUCGCGAGUUCUACAGCGAGAUCCUUAACAAGAAGCUGAGGAUCGCCGUCACCAUGAGGACGCUGGACCAGAUCGACAAAGCUUUCGGCUUUGACUUCUAUAUCUUAAAGACCCCGAAGUCUGAGUUGUGUUCCAAAUUGGGCAUGGACCUGAAGCGCACCUUGCUUUUGAGACUGGCACGCCAGGACCCUUCUCUCUACUCAGAUGAUCCAGCCAAGAGAGAGGCUGUUUAUAACAAAUACAAGGAGUUUGUGAUUCCUGAAGAGGAGGCUGAAUGGAUUGGACUGAGUUUGGAGGAAGCUGUAGAAAAGCAGAGGGUCUUGGAGAAGAAGGACCCUAUUCCCCUGUUCAGAGUUUAUGCAGAAGAACUGGUCCAGCACCUCCAAAAACAACAGAUAUCUUAACAAGGAACUGGGCUAACCUGGGCUUUCCUCAGUUUGGUUUAUCUCAUGCACGUGAAAGAAAAGGACUGGAUACCAAGAAACCUUUUGAGGCCCCAUUGGGUGAAUCAGAGGAAUGGACUGAGAAAAGUCUCUGUUAAUAUUUGGUGUUUGGGAGAGCCAUUCACCCUGAGCUGCACCAUCCCUUGUUCAAAAUGCUCAGUAUUAGCACCAAUAAAGAGAGGAUUGUUUCAUCUCCUGCUGA